AUGGACUUAUCACUUGUAAAUGUAGUAAACUCAGCAUUUAUACAGCUGAUGGAAGAUUUAGUCGAAAUUGAUUCUAUUUAUUUAUUUUGUCUUGACGUAACAGAAGAUAUGAUACAAUUAUCAGAAGGUACUAAAAUACGUGGCUAUUCUAUUAACUUAAAAUUAGUUCCAACGACAGACAACGAAUCAGCAGAAGCAUCAGUUGAUCCAAUGGAGCAACAGCAAAAGCAUCAAAGAAUAAAUAGAUUAUCAGCCGAAGAUUUUAUUUUCAACUCACUACCCAGUUUUGAUAUCAAUGAAUCAUCAUCGUCGUCUCUUUCUCAUGAAGAGACAAAACGUCAAGAGGCUGAAUUUAUGUAUGCAGAAAUUUUAAGAGAAAUUUUAAUUCAAAUAGAUUCAACUGAAGAUGAAAUGCUUGAUUAUUGUCGUCAAAAGUAUGCAGAUAAUAAAGCACAAUUAGUGUUUAUCGAAGAAUUCAAAGAAUACUACGAUCCAUGCAAUACUAUUUUUUGGUAUACACGUAAUACAUUUCUUUAUCGCCUUUUGAACACUGCACUUAGAGAACAAGACAUUGAUACACUCUAUGCGCUAAGAUAUUUCAUUAAAUAUUUACAUGAACAACUAAUGGAACUGCAGAGUUUAUCAAAAACUGAUACCAAAAAUGCUACGACUUCGAAUAUUGAAACUGUCUAUCGAGGACAGUUAAUGAAUAGCAAUGAGUUUGAUCGAAAAAUUCAUUAUAAUAUUAAUGGAUUUCUAUCAGUUAAUACAUUCUUGUCAACAACGGCAAACAAAGAGUUAGCCGCAUUUUUUGUUAGUGACAACAUUACUAGCAGUAGCAUCAUUGAUGAAAAAGAUGAAACAAAACGUAUUUUAUUUCAAAUUGAUAUUGAUCAAACUGUAAAUAAAUUUCCCUAUGCAAAUAUAUCAACGAAAAGUGCCUUUGGUGAUGAUGAAGGUGAAAUGCUAUUUACAAUGGGUGCUGUAUUUCGCAUAACAUCGAUCAAACUCGAACGUUACGAAGAUGCUCUGCUAAUGUAUGAAAAAUCAUUGGAAAUUCGACUAUCAGUACUUCCAAGUGCUCAUUCAGUGAUUGCAACUGUCUAUAAUAAUAUUGCACAAGUUUAUUAUUUACAAAGAAUGAGCGGGAAAGCAGCUGAAUUUUGGAAGAAAGCAUUAGCAAUUCAACAGACUUCUCUUCUUUCCGAUCAUCCUAUAUUGGGUAGAACCUACCAAAGUAUCGCCAUAGCAUUGUAUGAACAUGGACAUCUUGAACAGGCUUUAGAAUAUGCCAAACAAUCACAAAAAAUUAAAUCUACAAAUCUUCCAACUGAUCAUCGAAAACUUAAAGAGAAGAACGAAUGA